AUGUCGUCAAGGACUGGCUUUUUACUGCUUUCAGCAUCAAAGACCAGGAUGUUCGACGACCCCUUGGAGCGCGGGAGUGGUAUCGGAAGCAACUACGCUGGUGCUGGAUGUGACCACGAACAACGAGGCACUGGUGAUGAGGUAGUUGGGAAGAACGGCUCUCGGGGUGGUUGUGGUGAUGGGGUAGUUGAGAGAUGUGGAUGA